UAAAUUUGGUCACCAAAACACACAGAGAGUAGUAGAUAGAUGGAAGUUGGUGGCAAUCCAAAUUAGUCCUAUAAAUAUCAAACAAAGUAUAGUUUAUUCAUAACACACUCACUACUACUUUGGUAACUUACUCAGAACAAGAAAAAACAGACACACAUAAACACACUUGUUUUUUUACUAAAGUUAUUUUUUCUUCCAAUGGCAACUGAAAACAAAAUCCUGAUCCUAGGACCAACAGGAGCUAUUGGAAGACACAUAGUUUGGGCAAGUAUUAAAGCAGGAAAUCCAACAUAUGCUUUGGUUAGAAAAACACCUGGCAAUGUUAACAAGCCAAAGCUUAUUACAGCUGCUAAUCCUGAAACCAAGGAAGAGCUUAUUGAUAAUUACCAAUCUUUAGGAGUUAUUCUACUUGAAGGUGAUAUAAAUGAUCAUGAAACUCUUGUUAAGGCAAUCAAGCAAGUUGAUAUUGUGAUUUGUGCUGCUGGUAGACUACUAAUUGAGGAUCAGGUCAAGAUUAUUAAAGCAAUUAAAGAAGCUGGAAACGUUAAGAAAUUUUUCCCAUCCGAAUUUGGGCUAGACGUGGACCGUCACGAGGCAGUUGAGCCAGUUAGACAAGUUUUUGAAGAAAAAGCGAGUAUCCGAAGAGUAAUUGAAGCUGAAGGAGUUCCUUACACUUACCUUUGUUGCCACGCCUUUACCGGUUACUUCUUACGUAACUUGGCUCAACUCGACGUCACUGAUCCUCCUCGGGAUAAAGUUGUCAUUCUUGGAGAUGGAAAUGUGAAAGGAGCUUAUGUCACUGAGGCUGAUGUUGGGACUUUUACCAUUAAAGCAGCAAAUGAUCCCAACACAUUGAACAAAGCUGUCCAUAUAAGACUCCCCAAAAAUUAUUUGACCCAAAAUGAGGUUAUUGCUCUUUGGGAGAAAAAGAUCGGAAAGACUCUUGAGAAAACUUAUGUUUCAGAGGAACAAGUUCUCAAGGAUAUUCAAGAAUCUUCAUUUCCUCAUAACUACUUGUUGGCAUUGUAUCAUUCACAACAAAUAAAAGGAGAUGCAGUUUAUGAGAUUGAUCCAACCAAAGAUAUUGAAGCUUCUGAAGCCUAUCCUGAUGUCACAUACACCACUGCUGAUGAAUAUUUGAAUCAAUUUGUCUAAGUUUGUCUUCCUGGGAAUGUUCAAAAAGACAAAGAUGAUUUCUUUUUAAUAGUUUCACAGACUGUGUCACAUCUGUGUAUGUUUCUUGUGUUUGUUUAGUUUUGUUCUCAUUAAAUCCCUCCCAAUUGAUGUAAUAUUUUGCAAAAUUAAAAUAAUAUUGUAUUCUGUUCCACUGGUUGCA